CAUAAUAUAAUGUAUAGAAGAUUAUUAGAGAUAUAAUAAAGAAGAAAAAACAUUUUGGUCCGACUGUAGCCUCGAAAAGUUACGUACUGGAUGCUGAUGAUAUCAUGAUCCGAUUCUUCUGAUCUAACAUUCACGUUAUGAAGAAGAAGCUCGAUACUCGUUUCCCCGCUGCACGGAUCAAGAAGAUAAUGCAAGCUGAUGAGGAUGUUGGAAAGAUUGCCAUGGCCGUGCCGGUUUUAGUUUCCAAAGCUUUGGAAUUGUUUUUGCAAGAUCUUUGUGAUCGUACAUAUGAUAUAACCAUACUCAGGGGCGCAAAGACGGUUAAUUCACUGCAUUUGAAGCACUGUGUGCAAAGCUACAAUGUGUUUGAUUUUUUGAGGGAAGUUGUGAACAAGGUCCCUGAUUAUGGCCAUUCUGAUGCAGGGGUUGAUGAUCGUGCAAUGAUAAAGCGGAAGAAAGCUGCUGCGGAUGAAAUGAAUGAUAGUGAUGAAGAGUUGAAGAGAAACCGAAUGCAUGAAGCAAGGCAACCUAGCAGCAAUGGUAGAGGCAGAGGCCGUGGUAGAGGAAGAGGGAGGGGCCGCGGCAGAGUGUCAGCAGAUAAGGAGCCUCAGCAGAUGGAAUUAGAACUAGAAACCUGCACACCAUCGGUUCAACAGAGCAGCAAAUUAAACCUUAACCCACCAGGGGAGGCUGACAACCAGUUAGAGUUGACUAAGUCAACUAAAGGUGACGUGGCUGGAGGUGAUAGUGGUCGGGACUUUGAUUUGAAUGCCGGGGUUGAGGAGAGCACGGCCAAAGUGGUUGAUGUCGUAGAUGGAGGAGCUGCCAUACAACCACCAACUCCACCACCGCAGACAGUUCCUGUAACUGGCACUGGCGAUUCAUCAACAGUGAAGUCUGUCGAACCUAAAAAUGAUGAUUAUCUUGGAAUGUCACUUUCAGAAAUGGAUAGGAUGGUGAUCGACAGUCACAAUUUGGCACAAAUCAACUCACGCCUGGAUGAAGAAGAUGAAGACUAUGAUGAAGAAUAAUAUAUUAAAUAGACUACUACUUUGAUCCUAUAGGGGUAAAAUAGUGAAGCUAUACAUAUUAAACAAGCCUUGAAAAUGCCCUUUGGGUUGCCAUUUGCUUCUUUUUGAUGUCUUAAUACUUAAAUUCAUAAUAUCUUGUAAUCUGUGUUUGUUUAUGUUGUUAUCAGCAGUAUUUAACCUAUUGUGCCAAGAAAGCACUGUAAUUGACACGGCCAUUGAUGCCAUCCACACUUGUAUGUUCAGUGUAUUUUGGAACAAAA